CUCGUGAUGCGGUCACGUGAGGCGGGCGCGAUGGCGGAGGAGGAGCGGGCGCUGUUGGGCGCCGAGAGCGGCGAUGGCGGCGGCUCCCCGGGCCCUCCCCGUGCCCUGCCCGCCGCCUGCGAUCCCCGCCGCCUCCCGCACCGCCUGCUCGUCCUGGCGCUCAUGUGCUUCCUGGGCUUCGGCAGCUACUUCUGCUACGACAACCCGGCCGCGCUSCAGACGCAGGUUCAGUGGGACAUGAAGGUGAACACAGCCCARUUCAUGGCCCUCUAUGCCUGGUACUCGUGGCCCAAUGUGGUUCUGUGCUUCUUUGGAGGUUUCCUCAUUGACAGGGUGUUUGGAAUCCGGUUGGGCACUGUMAUAUUCAGCAUCUUUGUGUGUGUUGGGCAGGUGGUUUUUGCUCUUGGAGCACUGUUCAACACUUUCUGGCUGAUGGAAGUGGGCAGAUUCAUAUUUGGCAUCGGAGGGGAGUCCUUGGCUGUGGCCCAGAACACGUAUGCAGUGAGCUGGUUCAAGGGCAAGGAGCUGAAUCUGGUGUUUGGACUGCAGCUCAGCAUGGCCAGAAUUGGGAGCACGGUGAACAUGAAUAUUAUGGGAUGGAUCUACUCCAGAGUUCACCACCUCCUGGGUUCUGCUGGCCCCACCACCCUGGGCUUGGCUCUCCUCAUAGGGGGUGUCACUUGUCUCUUCUCRCUGGGCUGUGCUUUGAUCCUGGCUUACCUGGACAGGAGAGCAGAGAAGCUGCUUUGUAAAGAGCAGGGCAGGACAGGAGAAGUGAUCAAGCUGACAGAUGUGAAGGAUUUCUCCUUGUCCCUGUGGCUCAUCUUUGUCAUCUGUGUGUGUUACUACGCUGCAGUUUUCCCUUUCAUUGGCCUUGGCAAGGUUUUCUUUAUUGAAAAAUUUGGAUUUUCCCCUGAAGAAGCCAGUGCAAUUAACAGCAUAGUUUACAUCAUCUCAGCCCCCAUGUCCCCUGUGUUUGGUCUCCUGGUGGAUAAAGUUGGCAAGAACAUCAUCUGGGUGCUGUGUGCUGUGGUCAGCACGCUGGCCUCCCACAUCAUGCUGGCCUUUACCUUCUGGAACCCCUGGAUAGCCAUGUGCCUGCUGGGGGUGGCCUAUUCGCUGCUGGCCUGUGCCCUGUGGCCCAUGGUGGCCUUUGUGGUCCCCGAGCACCAGYUGGGCACUGCCUAUGGCUUCAUGCAGUCCAUCCAGAACCUGGGCCUGGCUGUCAUYGCCAUCGCCGCUGGCAUGAUCCUGGACACCAAGGGAUACCUGUUCCUCGAGGUUUUCUUCAGUGCCUGUGUUUGCUUGUCCCUGUUUGCUGUGGUCACGCUGUACUUUGUGAACCACCUCAAAGGUGGGGAUCUCAACUGGUCUGCAAAGAGAAGGGAAAAACUGCAAAAAGCAKCUGCUUCUGAAAAGGAGAGUUGAGGAGCAAACCCCGAGCUGGRGAGCCUGACCAGCACCGUCCCAGCUGGAGGGAGGAGUGUUGGGGUUGCUCUGGAGUUCUUUGGGAUGUUCCUUCACCCUCAGGGUCGUGGUAACACCUCCCUUUCCUGCUCUGAACUAAUGGGGUUGGGGUUUAGUGGGGUCUGAGCUCUGCCACCCCACACCAACACCUUCACCCUGGGAUCAGCCCUCUCCUGUGCUGCACACCUCGCUGGGGUGGAGGGUUUUGAGAAAAAGCAUUUUYUGUUCUCCCUCAGAGCUCACACCAGCCCACUGCUGCUGCUUCUGUCACUGUUUUCAUGCAAAAAACACUUUCUCAAAUGUUAUUUCCAGUUUUGGGGCUGUUUCCUUUCAGCACCUCCAUAGAAAAAGAGCCACAAGUGCUCUGCUCAAAUGGACUUUUUUGGUAGGAAAUUUCUGAAUUCYGAGGCUGCUGAGCAGCCUUUUAUUGCCUUCUGGAUUCUCUUUGUAUUUUACUGUUCAUUUGAAGGGAUGAAAGUUUGUUCCACAGGUACAAAAGCUGUUACAGAAGCUCUCUGAGCACUUUGUAAACCUGAAAAACCAAAAGGUUUCUCUUUUACUGCAAUCUUGGAACAAAAUAAAAGGAACCUGCAGGAAACAGC